ACAACACGACCCCAGCCUCCCAUCAUCCCUAGUAUAUAUUAUUGUCCAACCUUUGAUUUAGAUUCCACAGUUAGAUGAUCUUCCAAAGAUUGCAAUAGCAUAAAGCUAUAUUUUACACUCUCCCUGAUCCAUCUCCUCCACAAUACCUCUUAUCUCGCUAUAUGAACUAAGCCAAGAUGCAACAAUUCAACCUCUUCAAAGCCAAAUCCCAGAAAUCCCGUCGGAAGUCGCAAGAUCCCGUUCUAACAGCUGAAGAUGAGGCCUUCUUGCGGAAUGUUGCCGUGGACUCCUCCCCAGCCAUGGAACAGAUAUCCAGUCCCCUUCCCCCAGAGACCGGCGACCGAGCUGCCGAACCCGCCACCACUCUCGAGGCUACUAUAGAGACAGAGCUACCGAUGUCGCCGGCGGAGGAGUUCGGUAGGGAACUGGGCGAAGAAGCGAGACAGAUGAGAUCCCGCGCGGAAACGGAGCCCUUGAAUAGCGUACAGGCUUCUUCUGUGAAGAUUGAGAGUUCUGCGCCUAGUUCGCAGCCCCGGCAACCGGAGAAGAAGAUGAAGUCAUGGAGUUGGAUGUGGAGGAGAAAUCAUGAGAAGAAGGAUAAGGAAGUCGUCAAAGAAACUACAGGAUCCCCUACCACCGCCGCUCGGGAAAACAACUUGAAGGAAGCAGCGCAAGAAAGAGAAGAUAUGACAGAGAUCCUCGACCGACUCAACCUCGCCGCCGACAAUAACAGGGUAUUUUCAAUCGGCGACGAGACGCAAGAACUCCUCCGGAAAUUCAAGCUCAUUUUCAAGGACCUGAUCAACGGCGUUCCAACCGCUUAUCACGAUCUCGAGAUGCUGCUCACCAACGGCAACAGGCAGUUACAAGACACAUACUCGCAGCUCCCGGGCUUUCUGCAGAAGCUGAUCGAAAAGCUCCCCGAGCGAUGGACCGAGUCUCUCGCUCCAGAGAUUAUCGCGGCCGCUGCAGAGCGGGCGACCCAAAGCGGAAUCAAUGUCGAUAAUAUCGGCAAGGCAGCAGCUGCCGCGAACAAGAUGGGCAUCAAAGUACCCAACCUGAAGGAGUUGGUCGGGAAACCUGCCGCGAUCGUAGGGAUGUUCCGAUCCAUCAUAGCAUUCCUCAGGGCUCGGUUUCCGGCCGCCCUGGGUAUGAAUGUUCUUUGGUCAUUGGCUUUGUUCAUCCUCCUCUUCGUCCUCUGGUACUGCCACAAACGCGGCCGCGAAGUUCGUAUCGAGAACGAGCGACUUGUAACGGAAGACGAAAUUGGAAAGAUGAACGAGGAGUCCGCUGAUGGUACCAAAAUCAGGAGCACGGAAACUCUCGUCACCACAGCACCACACGGCGCCUCCACUGCCGAAGUCCACCAAGGUAUUAAAGAAGCACGACAGGCCCGUGAGGCUCAGGUGACGAAGAAGGACGAUCCCAAGCAGGAGACUGCCAGCGAGUCAAAGAGUGACUCUAAUUCUAUGAAACCAACCAGGUCCAAGUCGGUCCUGUCUAUUUUCGGUAGAUCUACCAGCUCGAACACGACGACACCAAAGGUUGCGCCGUAUCCGGGCACAUGAGUGAUGAUUAAUGAUUUGUUCUGAUUCUAAUGAGGAUAUAUUGACAUAUACAAUUAUCAGCUAGUUAGAUACAUAAUCUGACAUGGUUCUUGG